CACAACACAGUUCCGCAAAUCUAGUCUGUUUGUGUUUUGACGUUUUUGGAAGGAGCUCUUCAGACCACCACACAAGUCCCUAAGCAAGGACACAGUCAGCGUUCUACACCUCGGGAGAAAAAAAAGCCCAGCAGACAAAAUGGCAUCGGACUCUCCACGCAGACCUAGUCGCUGUGCUGGAGGGGUUCUGGUGCGAGCGCAAGCUGCUACGGAGCAGUCUUACAUGGAAAGUGUGGUGACCUUCCUACAAGAUGUGGUUCCCCAGGCUUACACUGGGGCUCCCCCCACUGAUGAAAAAGAGAAAAUCAUUUGGGUGCGAUUUGAGAAAGCUGACAUCAAUGAUGCUGCCCGCAAUCCAGAGUUUAUGGAGAUGCACAGCGGUACUACUGACCCUCCUCUCUGCCUCAUGAUUGGCUACACUGACGGGAUGCAGAUCUGGAGCGUAUCUUUGGCAGGGGAAGCCCAGGAGCUGUUCUCGGUGCGUCAUGGUCCUGUGCGAGCUGCGCGCAUUCUGCCUGCUCCUCAUAUCAGUCCUCUGAAGACAGACAGUUUUGCUGACAAGAGGCCACUGCUGGGGGUUUGCAAGAGCACAGGGUCCUCUGGAUGUUUUUCAUUUAGGAGAGCUCCAGGGGUGACCUAACUUGUUUGGAGCUCCCAGGAGAUUGCGUUCAGGCAGAGUUAUUCUGUGGGAGAAGUGAUAUUUAUUGAUGACAU